GCGAGCUGAAAACAGGCAUUAGAGACAGCCUCCACCCGUGGGCACUUCGUCAGCUCGGGACCAGCCUCCCCCAACCUCACCAUAGUUCAGGUCUCCAGCCUCCCCAAACUCCAGUCAGAAUGCCUCCCUACGAGAGAUCCAUGGAAAUCACGCCUUUCAAGCUAAAGAAGUGCCUCGCAACAAGAAAAGAUGAAGUCUGCACUAUUCGGUCUAAGUUCCCCAACAAAUUACCAGUAAUUGUGGAGCGAUACCUUCGCGAGAAAAAGCUUCCCCUGCUGGACAAAACCAAAUUUCUUGUCCCACAUGAACUGACAUUAGGGCAGUUCCUCAGUCUGCUCAGAAGUAAGAUAGCACUAGAGGCAUCUCAAGCGCUGUACCUACUGAUCUCAGGGAAGAACACGUCCUGUUUGUCAGCCAGCAUGGGAGAAGUUUACUCACAGUUCAGAGACCCCGAUGGCUUUCUCUACAUAACCUAUGCAUCCCAGGACAUGUUUGGAUGAACAGACCCUCAGAAAUGAGCAUGACACACAGAUCCCCUCACAUACCUCCAGACUGAUGCCUCAUGUAUUGCUGCUAAAUGAAGACUCUCACUGUGCAUCACACCUAAAACCACACAGACCAGAAGACGAUUGGACUCUUCUUGAGGCUAAUGUUGGAGCAUAAUCAGUAGAUUUGAAAGAGGUUACAACUGAGCCGUCUAAUAUGAAGAACAGAAAAGUGAUGUCCCUUCUCUCAAGCUGCUCUAUCAUGAGGCUCCAACACAAAAAAAUGACGUCCUGUCACAAUAAGACAGUGUCUGUUCGAUUCUGGUUUCCUUUCCUUGUUCUUUCUGUGACUGUGCAUCUGUGUUUCUGAAACAAACACAGAGGGAAACGGACAAAUAAAAACUAUUCAAGCACCUACUGGAAAGUAAAAUGUGUGCAAACAACACGGUCAUUAUGUCAAUGACAAUCCUCAAUAAAUCAGUUUAGUUCUUUUAA